UAAGGGGGCAGAAAUUGAGUAUGAAUAGUGUGAGGGGUUAGAGGUGGAAAUGUUUAAUGUUGGUAUGCAAGAAUCAUUUGUUUUUGUAACAGCAUUUGUAUAUAUUUAUGGAUAAAACUAAAGGUAAAAGAAUGUCACCACUCAACCAGGAAAAUCUGUCAAUAUUGUGGUAAUCUUUUACUGUGUAGGUGAGCCGUCGAGGUACAGUGAGUUAAGACUAGUAAGGUGGUGUGUAGGGUGAACAUUAAGGCCCCAGGAAAGACAGUUACCGACACUGGCCUACAGAAGACCUCCUGGGGACCAAGUGGAGACAGACAAGACAGUGUAGCAUUAAUGACCAGCAGGGUGAACAUGGCAGAUAGUGAACUGCAACCAGAUACUCCUUUACAAGAAUUAUCAUAUAAACGGAGUUUAGCUAUUGUAAGUGCUUUCAAUGAAAAUAAUAAUUGGAAGAAUGUGGCUGGAAAAUUAGACAUUGUUCUCAGCCAUCAAGAAAUAUUACAAAAUCCAGGCCAGGCCCUGUUCAGGAAGCUGAUAUAUCAAGAUUUCACUGUGGAACAUCUACAAAUUCUGCUGGGACUUUGUGAGCUUUAUGAUAUCCUCAAUGAACUUGUAACUAAUGUUCCUGUGAUGAUAAAGCCUCCAGAGUACAGUUGCAAAGAAGUCAAACUUGGUAAAUCAAUUACCAUUAAUGUUGAUGUUGAUGGAUCUCCAUACCCAGAGUUUCAGUGGUACUUCAUGGAUAGUGAUAACCCUCUGGAUGGACAGACUACUUGUUCACUGACAAUAGAUAAAUUCAAAAUCCAAGAUAAGGGUGAAUACUUUUGUAAAGUGAGGCAAAUCUUGAAGGGAAAUGUGAGAGAGCUUUGUUCAGACAAAGUUACCUUGAAUGUGGAAAGAAUGAAUCCUAUGAUUUCGGAGAAUCUUUCUGAUAUGAAGUUUUAUGCAGGUGAGGAGCUAGUGUUAACAUGUGCAGUGAUUGGCUACCCAGAACCAAACAAUUACAGAUGGUUUAAAAACAAUGAAGUAUUUAAAGUGACUUCUCAACCCAUACUCAAAAUUCCAAGGGAGGACUCUCUAGUACCUGGUGCAUACAAAUUCUUCUUUGAAGUUUGGAAUGACCUUGGAAGCUGUAAAUCAGAAGUAGCCACAGUCACUGUUGUUCCACCAAUCCCUCCAACAAUCACCAAACAACCAAGGAGAAAGUCAAAAUUUGGUCUUGAUAGAUUUAUCAAUCUUUCUUUUGAAGUUCAUUGUAGAAAUGAAGUAAAAUUUAUCUGUUUUGUUAACAACAAACCUUUAGACAGUGCUGGAAGUUUUCACGGAAUAAUAGAGUCAAAAUCACUUUCGGAUAAUAUACACACGUGUGAUUUGUUUUACUCUACUACUAAAGAAAACAUGCAGAGAGAAGAAUGGAAGCCACUCUUAUUCAGGUUUGAGGCUGCAUCACCCACAGGCAGAGUUUCAUCUGACGAUAUAGUAAUCCAAGUCAAGCAGACACAAGAGGAAACACUAACUGCACGCAAUAAGUGGGCAUUGCUUGUGGCAAAUUCAGACUACAAGACAGAGGACAAAGAAUUGUAUGCACCAUUAAGUGAUGUGAAACUAUUAGCAAGAGAACUCACAAAACUUCAGUUUCGCAUUAUCAUGUACAGCAACUUGGAGAAAGCUGAUUUUUUUAAUGCUUUUCAUCAUUUCUCAACUUAUGUUCAAGAAGGAGAUUAUGUUGUGUUUUAUUUUGCUGGACAUGGUUUCAGCUGUGACGGAAUUGACUUUAUGGUGCCUGUGGAUAAUAUACAUACUGGUAGUGAAACUGACAUCAUGAAACCUCUUAACAUGGACUAUGAAAAUAUACCCAGAGAGGAGAAUGUGAAGACGUCUUCUGAUCUAGCAGAUGGCAUUGCAUUAACAAAUUUCAUUAACAGCCUUCAGCAUUCUAGGCCAGAACUUCUGUUCCAAAUCAUUGAUGCAUGUCGCGGACAAGUGUACAGAGAAAAGUUGCCUGCAGGAGCAGAACCAUUUGCAAUUGCCCUACCAAAUGGUUAUAAACUUCAUGCUACAUCAGAAAAUUAUACCACUUAUGAAGCAACAGAGUCAUCUCUACUGAUGCAACAACUAAUCAAGUUUUUGCAAAUGCCCAUAUCUGUGGUUACACUGGGAGAACUUGUCAAGCAAUCUUUUCGUCGCUAUUCACAUGAAGAAGACGUGAAUGGUCAAGUACCAAAGACAGAAGGAAAUCUGGCUUCACCAUGUUCUCUUGCAGAUCGCUCUAUUCCAUGGGAUAUGGAUGAAAAAGAGUAUGGAGUACUUCGCCGCUGGGAAAGGCUGGGAAGAGUUGAAUGUUUUGAAGCAAAGAUGCAAGUAGCUCACUGUGACAUAAGAGUGAAAGUCCAGUGCACCCAAGAGGAACUGCCAGAUUAUCAGCAUUAUCAGAAGAAAGAGCCAGUAAGGGUUAUUAGUAACAAUAUUCAAGUUAAUAUUGUACUAAUGCAGGGUGAUGCACCUUUUGAUACCAGAGUAAUAAAUAAAGAAGGACUAGAUCUUCACAUCAAAUUCAGCACUGGCCAGAAUAUCUCUAUGACACUGCCUGGGAAAGUAUCACCAAUAACCUGCCCCAUUAAUGGCAUUCAAGCUCUGAAGGGAUACUUGAUAAUGGAAUUACAGUUCUUAUACAAAGAGAGACUGCUGCAGUCACAGAAAAUUAAUCUGCAAAAGCCAUCACUCUCUAAGGAAUUUUAUCCACACAAUUACCUUACUAAUAGUCGAAUGAUAUAAAAUUAUAUUCAUUAUAUGGUUAUGUAAACAGUAAUAUCUAUGACCAAUGGAUUGUACUGAGUGGCCUGCAGGAAAGUCCAUCCAUUAAUUGCUCUCUCAUUAACCAUGUCAAAAAGGCAUAUGGUUUAUUGCUAAAUACAGUACAGUAGCUAUUACCUCUCUAUACUGAAAUAAUUGGUGAGGAGCCAGUUAGGUAAAGAAAAGUUUUCGGUAUUAUAUGAAUCCUGUAUUUCUAGUCCAGAUAAAUUGCCAUAAUACUGGAUUUUAUUGUUAUAUUAAUGUAGUUUGGUAACUAAAUAUCACACAUACAGUUCAUCAAGAAAUACAGUAACACAAAAAUAUUAUCCAAGAAGUAAUUAUAUUUUACAUACACAGCUCCUUCCCUUGCUGGUCAGCUGUACAUCUAUGUUAACAGAUCACCAAGAAUUUAAUACAUGAUAUGGCAUGAUAACUUACCUUGGGUUUAGUGGGGUUUGAUAACUUAUCUUGGGUUAUGUGGGUUUUUUUUAUUAUACUGUACCUGUAUUAUUAUGACGUGUCCUCCUAAUAUUACUUAUUAAGCAAU